UAAAAAAAUAAAAUAAAAUGUAACUUACAGCUUUCAAUCGAAUCGGAAAUCCAAUAGUGUGUGUGUUCGAAAACUCAAUCUGAUAUUCCAAUUUCCAAUUCGCUUUUUUGGAGUUCAAGAAAGAAAGAAAAGAAAAGAAAAAUAAAGGGAGGAAAAUCAGAGACAAAGAUUUCGAUUUUCGAGUCAAGAAAAACUUUGAAAUCAGAGACAGCGAAAGAGCAAAUCAUAGUGAAUGAAGUAAAAGAGGUGACGGUGGCUGAAAGGUUGUUUUGAAUUUGAUUGAUUUCAUUUGAAUCCAAUUUAAUUUGAUACAACUCAUUUCCUCGAACUGUGAGACAUUCAUUGCGAGGCAAGUUUCAGGGGGGAAACGGUGGCAGAUUUAGGGUUAGGGCAGGCAAUUGUGUUUUCAAAUUCUCAGAGAGAAGAGAAGGAAGAAGACGACUAGUUUUAUAGUUUAGGGUUUGGGUUUUGGUUUUGGUUUUGCGUUUUUCUUGAAAAAUGACUGACGUGAUACUGCAUAUAUAUGACGUUACGAAUAGCGGAUCGGAUAAGACCAACAAUACAAUUGUUAAUAUCAACAAGAUCUUCAAGGAUGGAAUUGGUCUAGGCGGUAUCUUCCAUAGCGCUGUUCAGGUUUAUGGAGAUGAUGAAUGGUCCUUUGGGUUUUGCGAGCAAGGAACUGGAGUUUUCAGUUGCCCCUCUGGACAGAAUCCAAUGUACACAUAUCGUGAAAGUAUUAACCUUGGUAGAACAAACUGUUCGAUUUUCAAGGUGAAUCAGAUUUUAAGAGAGCUUAGUAGAGAGUGGCCUGGAAGUUCGUAUGACUUGCUAUCAAGAAACUGUAACCACUUCUGUGAUCAGUUCUGUGAGAUGCUCAAUGUAACAAAGCUUCCAGGUUGGGUUAACCGGUUUGCCAAUGCUGGUGAUGCUGCAUUGGAAGUAGCUGGAAAUACAGCAGUUCGUUUCAAACAAGCGAAGACAGAGAUCAUAUCGGCCAGCAAAGUGGCUUAUCGUUUUCUUCUAGGGGCCACGAACAACGUCAUAUCUUCUCCAGAGUCUACUAGUAAUUCAAAUAGAAGUACUCCAAGAUUUCAAGCUGCAUGGUUUAAGAAUCUUAUUACUACUGGUGCCAAACCGUCGAGUAGUUCAGAAAUAGGGAAUCGAGUUGAAGGUUCACAGCAACAACGUAAAGCAAAUGAAGAGACUCCAAUAUUGCUCAAUUCGCGAUCGCAACAGGAUAUAUAAAAGCGUUCUGGAAUAUUGUUAGGUACAAGUGGAAGUCGUGUUGAUGAACUUAGGUUUAUUUGUUUCAUUAAGUGUAAAAUUUCAUUUUUAUUACUGAGAAAUAUAUUGAUUUGUGUGCGUUUAGGGCACUGCCCCUUUUGCAUCUUGAUGAUAAUCUGUGCAGAAUCCUACAAAGUCACUGCAUUGCAAGUGGGCGAAAGGUUUAAGUUGAUCUUUUUAUGGCUUAGAUAAUGCAAGCCAUUUCUCGGUUCAUCUUAUUUUGCUUGAAUGUUCGUUUUGUACAGUGUAGCAAGUAUGGAAAUUUCAACUUCCUGACUUCAACAAAAAUGAAAUUAGCUCUUUAAAUUUGGGUU